UAUAGUUCAAUAAUAAUAACAUAUAUGGCAGAAACUGAGGAUAAGAAACAUGCUCCUCCUCCACCACCACCAACAGCAACAACUGAAGAGGCCGCCAUCGCAGCCGCCGCGACCACCAACAACAUAGGUCAACAAGCAAACAAUAAAUCCAGCAGCAACAACAUGGUAAGAAGGUUCAUAGGGGUGAGGCAAAGGCCCUCAGGGAGAUGGGUGGCAGAGAUUAAAGACUCAUCUCAGCAUGUGAGAUUAUGGCUUGGUACCUAUGAUUCACCUGAACAGGCUGCUAGGGCUUAUGAUGAAGCUGCUAGAGCACUUCGUGGUGACAAUGCAAGAACCAACUUUGCACCACCCUCGUCUUCGUCAUCACCACCACUACCUCCUCCAUCUCCAGGAAAUAAUAACAAUAAUAAGCAUGGAUUAAGCUUUGCCUCAUUGAAAGCAAAGUUGAGCAAGAACUUGCAAAGCAUCAUGGCAAGGGCUAAUCACAACAACAAAUCUUCAUCAUCAAAGAGUAGAGUGAGUGAUCAUUUCACCUUUGCUAGCAUAUUCAAUCGCAACAGGAACAAUAAUCAUCAUCAACAACAUGCUCCUCCUCCUCCUAUGGUAAUAGAUGUUAAGAACAUUGACAAAGUGGUGCAACCUAGCAUCAUAGUACCACCACACAAGGACCAACAUCAUCAACAUUAUUAUGAGCCUAAUAACAACAACAACUGGGAAACUUCAAGUGUCUCUGAUUGUAGCAACGAGUGGAUCAUAAACAAUAAUGGGUUGUUCCAAAAACAUAGGUUGUUGUUGGAUUCAUCAUCAUCAGCAGGUUCUGAUAAUGAUGGUGAGUUUGGUUGUGUUGGUGAUCAAGGGGUUUUGGAUCAACUAAUGGGGUGGGUUGAUAGCACUCAGAUUAGUAGUAGUGAUGAGGGUUUAUCAUCAUCAAGGAGCAAAAGAUUCAAGGUAGCUUCUUCAGUUCUUGUGCCACCAACUUUCACUGCUUCUUCUUCUCCUUCUCCUUAUUAUUAUUAUGAUUGCGCUUCUCCAUACACUAGUGCUUCUGGAUCUCCAUAUAAUGGUGUUGGUAGUUAUUAUGGUUAUGGUUAUGGCUCCCCUAAUUACUAUGGCUCUCACUAUAAUAACAGUAACGAUAGCAAAUAA